CGCCCAGGGAGCGCGAUGGCGGCGCUGGGCGGGGACGGGCUGCGCCUGCUGUCGCUCUCCGGGCCCCAGCGGGAGCCCGAGGCGGCGGGGGCGGCGGCGGCGCGGUCGGGCCCGGGGCCGGGCCUCUGCUGCUGCUGGGUGUCCGUCUGCUCCUGCCUCAGCCUCGCCUGCUCCUACGUGGGCAGCCUCUACGUGUGGAAGAGUGAGCUGCCCAGAGACCACCCGGCCGUCAUCAAGAGGCGUUUCACCAGCGUCCUGGUGGUGUCCGGCCUGUCCCCGCUGUGCCUCCUGCUCUGGAGGGAGCUCACCGGCAUCCAGCCAGGCACACCCCUGUUCACCUUGAUGGGCUUCAGGUUGGAAGGCAUCUUCCCGGCCGCGCUGCUGCCCCUGGUGCUCACCAUGGUCCUGUUCCUGGGCCCCCUGCUGCAGCUGACCAUGGACUGCCCCCGGGACCUGGCAGAGGGCCUGAAAACCGCUCUGGCUCCCCGCGCCUGGGCGCGCUCCCUGACGGACAUGCGGUGGCUGCGGAACCAGGUGAUCGCGCCGCUGACGGAGGAGCUGGUGUUCCGAGCCUGCAUGCUGCCCAUGCUCACGCCCUGCACCGGCCUGGGCCCCGCCAUCUUCACCUGUCCCCUCUUCUUCGGCGUCGCCCAUUUCCACCACAUCAUUGAGCAGCUGCGGUUCCGCCAGGGCAGCGUCGGGAGCAUCUUCCUGUCCGCAGCCUUCCAGUUCUCCUACACCGCCGUCUUCGGGGCCUACACCGCCUUCCUCUUCAUCCGCACAGGGCACCUGAUCGGGCCGGUGCUCUGCCACUCGUUCUGCAACUACAUGGGCUUCCCGGCGGUGUGGGCGGCGGUGGAGCACCCGCAGCGGCGCCCGUUGCUGGCCGCCUACGCCCUGGGCGUCGGCCUCUUCCUGCUGCUGCUGCAGCCGCUGACCGACCCCGGCCUCUACGGCAGCCUCCCCCUCUGCCUGCUCCAGGAGAGGGCCUCCGGGGGGGCCGGCGCGCCCCUCUGCUCCUGACCCCCACCCGCAGCCCCCCGCGGACUCGCUGGGGUCCCCGUGAUCUCAGGAAUUUUUUGUAGCCGAGGAGGAGGAAGAGGGGGCCGCAGCCCGGCCCCCCCGCCCCCCGGGGGGCGGGGAGCGGAGAGAGGAGCCGAUGGCGCCCCGUCCCCGCCUCCCCGUGUCGGACCCGGGGCUCCCCCGGACCCCCGGCUCCUCUCCCCCUCUCGGGGAGCCGCUCGGGGGGGGGGGCGCCGCGCCCUCCCCCGAUUCCCAGGGUUUUCUCAUUUGUCUUUUUGCAUCGGACUUUGUAUUCGGAGAUUAAAGAGAUUUAACUUGCUGUAA